CCUGGAGGAGGAGGUUGCGUUUCUCCCGCUUCCUGCUUCCCUCUCUGAGAUCUUCCAAGACGAGGCGAUCGGUGGACGCGCCGGUUUGAAUCCGGAGGGAGCUGCUCGGAGUCGGAUUCAGUACCCCUAACGCACCCGCAGGACGCGCUGGUCCCUCUCGGGUCCUGACUCCGGACCCCCACCACCCUCCCCCACCCGCCCUCACUGCAACCCACCAUGGGCCGGGGCUUGGAGAAACACACACACCUACUCUGACUGGCACCAACUAUGAGACCCCCUCGGACCUGGUUCCCUUCGGCACACUGCCAGAACAGCGAGGCCCCGGGUCCGGACCAGGAGAGGGAGAAGCGCUGGGCUCAGCUGUUUGAUCAGCUGGACCUCAACAAAGAUGGACACAUCGACAUCAUCGAACUGCGGACAGGGUUGGCGGGAAGAGGGCUUUCGAAAGCCUCCCUGGAGAAGAUUGUGGAGGCCGGGGACACCAACCAGGAUGGCGUACUGGACUUUAAAGAGUUCACCCAGUUUCUUCGUGCCCAUGAAAAAGACCUCAAGCUCAUGUUUAGAAGCCUGGACAAGAACAAUGACGGUCAGAUAGAUGCAGCAGAGAUCCAGCACUCUCUACACACCAUUGGUGUGGAGGUUAGCCUCGAGGAUGCCACCAGGAUACUGCAAAGAAUGGACAAAGACGGAACCAUGACCAUUGACUGGAAUGAGUGGCGGGACUUCUUCCUGUUCAAGCCUCUCACAAACAUAGAGGACGUGGCGCGCUACUGGAAACGUUCAAUGAUGUUGGACAUAGGCGAGCAGUUGACAGUCCCGGAUGAUUUCACUGAGGAGGAGAAGAAGUCUGGCUAUGUGUGGCGGCAGCUGAUGGCCGGAGCCUUCGCCGGAUCUGUAUCUCGCACUGGGACUGCACCAUUAGACCGCCUCAAAGUCUUCCGACAGGUUCAUGGUUUCGUUGAUUUUAAAGGAAAUGUGCUGAGCAGCUUUCGGUACAUGCUUAAAGAAGGAGGACUGCGGUCGCUGUGGAGAGGCAAUGGAAUCAACGUGCUUAAAAUUGCCCCGGAAACUGCUAUCAAGUUUACAGCUUAUGAAAAGAUCAAGAAUAUGAUGCGUAGCCAUAAUGAGACAAGAAAUCUGAGGGUUCAUGAGAGGUUUGUUGCUGGCUCUUUGGCUGGAGCUACAGCUCAGACCGCCAUCUACCCAAUGGAGGUGCUGAAGACCCGUCUCACACUUGGAAAAACAGGGCAGUACUCAGGAAUAGCAGUCUGUGCCAAACAGAUCCUACAGAGAGAAGGUAUCACAGCCUUCUACAAAGGCUAUGUACCCAACCUGCUCAGUAUUGUCCCUUACGCCGGCAUCGACCUGGCUGUCUAUGAGACUCUGAAGUUUACCUGGCUGAACAGGAACAGGGGUUUAGCUGACCCAGGCGUCAUGGUGCUGGUCGGCUGUGGUGCCGUUUCCAGCACUUGUGGGCAGCUGGCGAGUUACCCGCUGGCACUGAUCCGCACUCGAAUGCAGGCACAAGCUUCGGUGAAGGGAGCCCCUAAACCCUCUAUGUUGGCCUCGCUCCAAAGCAUUGUGACGCAGGAGGGCGUGGCCGGACUUUAUCGAGGGAUUUCCCCCAACCUGCUGAAAGUCAUUCCUGCUGUCAGCGUGUCCUACGUCGUCUAUGAAUACACAAGGAUAGUCCUGGGAGUGGACAUUGAGGGUGGUAUAUAGAGAAGAUACAGGAUUAAUGGGAGCAUUGAUGCAACUUCCUGUUUUGUACGUGAGGGGAACCCGUUGCUGCACUGUGGUGGAGUUGCAGAGUUCUGACGUCUUAAACCAUGUUACAAAUACUGAACUACAGAAAUAAUUGCAAAAUAACAAAUAUGUCUCCUCUUACCUCUCAAAUGACAGUGAAACACAGAGUUGUGAAAACAGAAAGACGCUAUCAAUCUUGUCUUUCCUGUGAGGAUUGCUACUUAAAAAAGCGCACAAAAGGACUAUAUUUUUUACCAGAAGUGGAACCACCAAAAAUAUCAAGGAGCAUAGGGGAUUGAUAGUUAAUGCCAAAUGCAGAUGUUUUAUAAAAGCUUGAAACACAAUACAGGGUCCAGGUCCACACAGAUUUUCAGAAACAAUGUGUGCACAAUGUGCAGGUUCAACACUAAGAUUUAGUUUUUGUGUUGUUCAUAUCAUAACAAUAAGAAAAGAUAAUUAAUAUAUGGAAACAUUUUUGAUCGGUCUAUAUAUUAUGAAAUGUGCAAAUAAGUGCAUCCAUUGAGUUGCUUUUGUUAAAUAAAUGUUGUUGUUUUUUUCCUGAAGAACUGGAA